AAACUCCACAACCUUCGUAUCAUAACCACUCAGUGGUAUUCGACUCUUUUUGAAAUGCCGAGUAGAGUAGUUUUGUAUCGAUACCAAUCUUUGGCGCCGUAGGAUUGUGCGGCGGCAGAAUUUAACAAGGUGUUUACGUCGUGCAAUUUGAUGUAAACAACAAACGUUUAGUUAGAGCAGUCAGUACGUGCGAGUUUGGAAAUUCAAGUUUACUGUAUUUGCAGUAGUCAGCAGAUAAAAGCAUUUGGAUAAUGACCAACAUGCAUGACGUGGCCAAAUGGCCAAUCUUUAGUUUGAUGGACAGCGAACUUCUCAACAGCAUUUACCAGGCCUGCGUCUUCGGCAGUGGGGGUAAUGAGGCCAUCUUUACCACCUCAGAUGGUGAUGUCUACGCCCUCGGUAACAACCACAAUAGCUGCUUGGGGUUGGGGGACGUUCAGAGCACGCUGGUACCACGGAAGAUUGAAGCGCUGUGCGGGAAGGGAACAACUCUGAUGGCAUUUGGCAGUGGGCCGCAUGUUGUCGUGGCAACUAACACAGGAGAACUCUACAGCUGGGGUCACAAUGGCUACUGCCAGCUUGGUAAUGGGACCACCAGCCACAGUCCAGAGAGGAUGGCUCCCUGUCUAAUAUCCAACAACUUAGGGGGUUGUUUGAUUACCCAUGUUGCUUGUGGUAGUCAUCAUACACUGGUACUUACUAAUAAAGGAGAGGUGUACGCUUGGGGUUACAACAACUGUGGUCAGGUUGGAUCAGGGGCCACAGCAAACAUCAAUGCACCUAGGAAGGUCUCUUCACUUCUAAGUGGUAAGAAGAUUACAGCUCUUGCAUGUGGACAGACAUCGUCACUUGCGCUGGUAGACAAUGGUGAGGUUUAUGGCUGGGGUUACAAUGGGAAUGGUCAGCUAGGUCUAGGCAACAACGUCAACCAACCAAGUCCCUGCAGAGUGUCCAGUCUAACAGGGAUUGUUAUAUCGCAGAUCGUAUGCGGCUAUGCACAUUCCAUGGCAUUAUCAGAUGAGGGUAUCUUGUAUUCAUGGGGUGCUAACUCCUAUGGUCAACUUGGGACAGGCAACAAGGCCAAUCUGGUGACAGCAACUAGGGUAGGAACAGACAUUGGAAGAUUUGUGGAAAUAGCAGCAACACACUACUCUCAUAUAUCAGCAGCCAUGUUGCAGUCUGGUGCCGUCUACAUGUGGGGUCAGUGUAGGGGUCAGUCAGUGACCACACCCAUCUUGACCAAAUUCACUUGUCUAGACGACGUGUUUGCCUGCUUCUCUUCACCAGCUGUCACGUGGAGAUCACUCAAAUUUGAAACAUUUGUCGGAAGACGUGCCCUAGAGGAUAGCCUGAAGAAUUCUUUUGAUAAUCAGGAAGCGUCUGAUUUGAAAAUUGUCUUGGAUGGCAAGAGUAUUCAUGUGCAUAAAGCUAUCCUCAAAAUCAGGUGUGAGCAUUUCAGAAGUAUGUUCCAGUCGCAUUGGGAUGAGGAUGCAAAAGAUGUUAUAGAGAUUACCCAAUACGCUUAUCCAGUAUACCAUGCAUUCCUGGAGUAUCUGUACACAGACACUGUCUCUGUCGACCCUGAAGAUGCUAUAGGACUUUUAGAUCUUGCUAACUCAUACUGUGAGACUCAUCUAAAGAGACUAUGUGAGCUGAUCAUCAAGCAGGGUAUUAACAUAGAAAACACUGCAACAUUGAUGGCUGCUGCUAUCAAAUAUGAAGCACAGGAACUUGAAGACUUCUGCUUUAAGUUUGCCGUUAAUCACAUGACCGCUGUUGUCCAGACUGAUGCAUUCCAUAACCUAGACGAGGUAUACUUAAAGGAGUUUCUGAACAAAGCGGCACAGUGGGGAGCUUUUAAAUACUGACAGGAGGCCCCACCCUAUCUACCAGUGGCUCCACCCUCUCAGCCAGGUGAGGCCUCGCCUUAAGCCAUUGGCCCAGCCCUAUUCUCAGAUCAGCAGCCAUUGUAACUUGUUAACAUUUCCCAUCUACUUGGAAGGGAUUUCUGAACAAGGCAUCACAGUGGGGGAGCUUUUAAAUACUGACUGGAGGCCCUUAAGCUACCCCAUCUACCAGUGGCUCCACCCUCUCAGCCGAUACAGCCACGCCUUAAGCCAUAGGCCCCACCCUAAAACCAGAUCACUAGCCAUUGUAACUUAUUGCGACUCCUCAUCUGACUUCUUCAAUCACUUGGCAGAGGCCUCUUCUGCUAUUAAAUAAGUCCUGGUAUUAGGGAUGUGCUUUAAAAUUGGCUGCUUUUAUCCAACCUUUAGGGCUGUUGGAGUUAUAACAUAAUAUUAGACCUUAUGCAUUAAGGUCAUCAAGGUGCCAUCUUAGAGGUAAACCGAUGAUAAAAUUAUAGAUAAAGUGCGCAAAUUUGUACACAUGGCUCUCAGGACUGGCCAAUGAGCAACCUCCUUUUUACCUCUAGGCGAGAGCGCCCAACUCGAUGACAUCAAAAGGUCUAUACCUACGCAAAGGUGAUGGUUUAAGUUACCUUACUUGUAGAAAGUAUUCUGCCAUUCAGGCAAUUUUUUUUCAAUAUAAUCAGGGGCCAUUAACUUUGUGCAAUAUACUUAAGUGAUACAUUGUUUCUAAGUCGGUAUAAUAUCUGCAAUUACUGACUAAUUAAUAAUGUGAAACGUCCUAGUUUGUUUUGUUGUUGUUAUUUGGAUAUUGUUGUCAUAAUGUUGUUGGCGUUUGGAUGAUGUAAAGAAGUACAUACAAAACCCUAGGAGUAUGAAACUUUACAUCUUAUGACAUCCUGCCGCUAUCUUAGAUGUAAAAUAAUGAUGAAACAAUAGAGAUGCUGAUUAGUCAUGUGUAAGACGCACAGGAUGAGCCAUUACACAUGUCUCCUUCGCCCCACUGCAGUGACGUGUUGUACAAAAGGUCUACUACUACUGCAUGAAACACGUUAAUGUAAGAGAUUGUUAUAGCCGUAAGCCCUUGAAAGCCCCAGCUUGGUGUUCAGGUUGGAAAUUUGGCAUAGUGGUGUCUUUUCUUGUGGAACCCUGUGCUCAAAUUUUGAGGCACUAUGUGGAUUGGGUUUUCAGUCCCUACCUAAUUGCGUGGGUUUUUCUCUGGAGCUUUCCUCCAACAACUGAAUCUGAAAUUCCUUUUAUUGGGCUCUUGACUAGUGUAGUGAUUAAGUUUGCUUUUCUGAGAACCAUUUGCUUUCCAACCAGAAUUAAUAAACAAAGUGGAAAUGAAAUGGCAUUAGGCUCUGUUUCGGCUUUAAUCAGUGGAAUGGAGCCUAAGCUGUAGCCCUAAGCCAGAGACAGACUUAAAAGGACUGGGCGUGUUGGUCUAUAAAAAAAUGUUUGUAAUUGUUUGUUAUAAAAUGCAUACAUGUAUUUUUAGAAAGAUGAUUUAAACGUAGAAUAUGAUGAUCCACACAAAAAAUUCACAGUUUUUCUUGU